UCACAGAAAACCUGUCAAUUUCUUGGAGUGGGGCCUUACACCAAGAACAUCCCAGGUCGACCAGAGUUACCCAGUGGUGUAUCGAAGAAUUGUAUCAUAGCUAUUCCUCACCAAGCCAGCAAAAGUUCAAAGAUUACAUGGUUAAGCCCAUCCAAUGAGAGCGAUCUUAACGAAUGGAUGACAGCUAUAGUAAGCACAUUGCCUCCUCCUCCACAGCAGCAGCAGCAACAGCAAGGCCAGCCACAGCAAGGCCAGCCCCCACCAUAUAGCUCCCGGCCUCCCGGUCAGCCAGGGUACCCACCUUCAGGUGGGCCACCACCCCCAGGACCCCCAGGGUACCCACCCCAGGGAGGGGCAUCUGGGGGUUUCAUAGUCCAACAACAGCAGUUCCAACAGACAACCUUUCAACAGGGACAGAGAAGACCUCCCUACCCUCAGCAGAGAGGAGGUAUGAGUGGGAACACCACUGUUGUCGUCCAAGGAGACAGGAGAAGAAGAAGAUCCUUUGACUCAGACGAUGGGUUUGCUGCAGGGAUGAUGUUGGGGAUGGCCUGGGGACAUCCUGGCUAUUAUGGAGGGGGAUGGGGAUGGGGAUACCAUAGUCAUUGGGAUCACCAUGGCCACUGGGAUCAUGGUCACCAUGACCACUUCCAUGAAGGUGACACACACAUCAAUGAUACAGAUAUCAACAACACAGAGAUUAAUCAUACUACUGUAGUGAAUAACUAUUAUGGCGACCAAGGUGGUGACCAAGGUGGAUAUGACCAAGGCGGAUAUGAUGAAGGUGGAUAUGAUGAAGGCAGUUAUGAUGAAGGUGGAUAUGAUGAUGGAGGAUAUGACGAUGGUGGAUAUGAUGAUUUUGAUGGGGGAGAUUUUGACGGAGAUUUUGAUGGAGGGGAUUUUUAAGAUGGAUAUGACAAUGCCAACUAUGAUGAAUUCAAUGUUGUGGUUUUGAUGACAACAGUUUUUAAGCAAAAGAGCUGUGGGUGUCUAUAAAUAUUUGUCAGACACUAUUUUUAAUGAAGAUGCAUACAAAGUGAAUAAUAUCAUGUUGGAUAAAAUGACUUGAUAGAGGUGAAUUUGAUGGUUGUGACAUAAAAAGUAAAAAGCUCUUGGUGCUUUUAAAAAAAUUUGAACACUAUUCUUUAAUUCUUCUGUGAUAGGAUUCCAUUGUUGUUGUAUUGCAUUGAUCUGAAUUUGAUUCAUAAAAUUGUUGAACUGUUACAUGCAAAAUCAUAUUCAGAUCAAGCAAAGCUUAAAGACAUUUAAAUAAGUGUUUCCCUCCAUUAACUAUGACUUUUAUACUCUGUAUCUUUUUGUUUUGAUUCUUUUUAUCAAAUGAGAGUUGAAAUUUGUUUGAGUGUUUUCCGUCCAUUCCAUUUGCAAUUUACUCCUUGUUAGUUCUCUGUAUUAGUUUGUAUUGGUUUCUAUCAGAUAUCUAGAAGGUCAGCCUGAAAGAUUUUUUCUGACAGAUUUUUAUCAUGAAUAUAUGCAUUCCUGAAGAAACCAGAUAUGUCACAUUCCUAUUACCAUGAUUCAUAUUUGACAGAAAUGAGUAAAUUUUAAAGGUUUAGAUUUUGAGCAAGUUGGUUAUUUUGCUAUAUAGCUUUUGACAGGUAUUUCUAUUUAUGUAUGAAUAUUUGUAUAUAUGUCUGAACAAUACAUGGAAAUGCAUAUAAGUGCAUGUAUGUUGUGUGUGAGAGUAUAAGUGUACAUUGAUUGAAUGUAAAUGUAGAAAAUAUUAUAUUUCAUACUAAUAAGCAGAAAAGCACAGCUGUUAGCAGAUUUACCAAUACUUUUGAAUGUAUUUUGUCACAUUUGUUAUAUCUUUUAGAGUUAGAGAAAUUAUCAUGUACAGUAUGUAUGCAUUUCAUUUUCUUUUUUAUGAUUUUGAUAUCUGUGACAAAUGAAUAUAGUUUUUUAAAACAUUUGUCGAACAAAUUUAUGAUUCUUAGAAAUUGAAUUUAAUGUUUGGUUUUUCUUUUCAAUCAGCAUUUUAUUCCAUCCACUGAUUUGCUGUAUAUCUUAACAUUGUGAAAUUUUAUUUAAACAACAACACACAGCGCCGGCUUAGAAUAGUUUAUUGGUCACUAACUACACUAGGACUUACAUCUAAAACUACAACCAAUAACAAUAAGCUUUAAUAAGCUUAAAGAAACACAUUAGGCCCAUCGUGAAAUGAAAAUAUAAAGUCCCAGCAGUGGGAUGAAAUUACUACGUCAUAUGGCUUAACUAAGCAGGCAGCGCUUGUGCUGUUUAAAUCAGAUUAACAAGGUUAAUCUGCACAUAUACAUGGCUGUUCUUACUGGGGAAAGUUGAUCUUUGUAGAAAAAAACAGGGACUGGAAUGAUAUCUGUUAUUUCAUGGUGAAUAUAUUUUUGUGGCAAGUUAAUAAUCAUGCACGUGUCCCUAUGAAUAUUUGUUUUUAACUGUAACAUAAUCGAAGGAGCUAGUAUUUGUUAUAUGUUUUGCAAACCAUUUAUGAUUGCAGUAUUUUUAUUGUGAUACCGUAAAGAGGAUAUUUUUUAUCAAAGAUAUUGAUCAGAAUAGAUCUUGAUGUGCUAAACAUGUCCUGAAUUUUAGCUAGAAAAAUGCUGUCACACCCAAAAGAACGUCUGGUGCAUAACUCUCAAUAGAUAAUGUAAUAUUAUAUCUGUAACAAUAAAGUGGUACCAGAAAUUAAAUUCUACUUCAAUGUAGUUUUAUGUUUGCAUUUACCAGUAUAUCUAACAUGGGAAUUAAACAAAAUGGCUCAAAGUUACACAACUUAGUGUAAAACAAGAAUUUGUGGGAAUUGGAGGAAAGUGGGGUCAAAAAUAAUAACAGACAAGCAUGUGCGGUGCAACAGUAAAAGCUGACAAAAUAAUUCAAUAUAUAUUUUUCUUGUUGUUUUUUUCAAGCUUUGUAGAAUUACAUUUUUAUAGUGUGCAUUCACUGUGUUAUGUGUAUUGGUUUUUGUAUUGUUUUCUAGGAUGAUAUUCAUGGUGCAUAGAGUUUCACCCUUAUUACUGUAAAGAUGACCCCACUAUAUGCAAAUUGUUGCAUGUUUUCUAGUCCCUUAUGAUGUCAUGCAGUACCAACAACCUUAUUUUUUCAGGCUAUCUCUGAUUAUUUUCAUGCUAGAUGUCUGAGAUUAGGUUGUACUCAUAUGACACGGAUAAAAAAAAGUGUGAGUGUCAUCUAAAGGCUAUCAUGUAAGAUAUGAGUACAGUUGAGCUGAUAACGAUAAUAAUUAACUGUUAGUUUGUUCAGUGCAUACUUUACAGAAUUGUAUUUAAGUAUGCUCAACUCCUGGGUUAUUUUAUUUCUUGGGUUGUUCUGUCAAGAAGGAUCCAUUUGAACUUUCUAGGAUGAAGACAGUGGGCAGGUGCACACACAUGCAUUUUGUCAUGUACCAGUAAUGCAGGUGCACAUGCACUUUUGCAUGCUAUUUGUACAUGUACCCCGACAUAUCUCAUCACCCAGAGGAGAGUUGCAGCAGAUGAGGUGGGAUCUUUUAGAGUCCUCCAAAUACUGAACAUGGUCCAAAUUAGUUUGACAUUUUUGACCCAGACAAUAUUUUGUUGACAGGACUUCUUGUUUUAAAAAGCUGUAUGUAAACAAUUGCGAAGGUUUAGGUACAUAUUACACAUCUUCAAUGAAAUCUUGUGGGUAAACAAUUGUCAGAAGUUACCCAACCCAGAGAUGGCACGUUAUGUGACUUAUGCACUAAACCAUGAGUGGCACAGUUAUGACAUGUUCCUUAGUGCAUCCCCUGGGAAUGGGGCAAUUAAAAAAGUGAUAAUUGCCUUUGUGUUUGCUCUGUUGAUGGGGGCAUUGAUUGGCGUACUAGUGGCUCAUGUGUCCCACACUGAGAUUUGCUCGGCACAGGACAGAGCUCUCGCUAAUGUCUUGAAAACAUUGAUAAAGGAGAGAGACAGUGAUGCUAGAGAUAGGCUCCUCAAAGCAAUUGAUCCUGGCCACAUAGAGUAUUUUCAACGUCACUUUGGAAAUGCUACAAGCCCCCAAGAACUGGCAGAAGAUGCGAAAAAAUGGUGGUUGGAUUUUGGGCUGGAUAUGGCGGAGGUCUUCACCCACAACCAGUUAGAUGAGGAAGAAUACCAAGAGACAG